AUGGCGCCGGGGAGGUCGCCGUCACCAUCAGUCGCAACUCGCAACAGCCUCUCUCCACAGUCCCUGCACCCGGUGAAUCUUCCGGUGAAUAUGCGGUCUGUGACUUAUCCGCAGAGCCAAAAUUACCAACAAGAUGAUUUCCAUAAAACUGUUGCACGGACCUUGAGCCAAGGAUCAACACCGAUGAGCAUGGAUUUUCAUCCACUUCAACAAACUCUUCUUCUUGACAAUGGCCACUUCUCCCCAAGCGAAAAAAAUCUGCUAGAAGACCUUAGAGGGCUUUAACAUUGGGAUGGAUAUUUGGGCCCUUACCUUGCUUUAAGUGGAGAUUCAGUUUUCUGUUUUCACUUAAUAUGACAACUGAAGAGCGAAAGACUUUGAAGGGCAUAGAG